GGGAGAGGAGAGGCGACGGCAACGGGAGUGGCCAGUGGCGCAGGGCAAGCGACGUUGGGCAGAGCCGAGCCGAGCGCUGGGGAGGCGGAGGCCGAAGCGGGAGGCGCAGGAGCAGCAUCAGCAUCGCCGCCGCCAUCCAUCUUCUGCAAGCCGCCGGCGGAGCAGGUGCCGCUGUCGGUGGGAGCGCCUUCUAUCCGCGGCGCGGGGCUCGUCGAUCGGAGGAGGAGGCGGCGGCGCCAAGAUGUUGGAGAUCCAGCUGGACGAUGGCGGCGUCGGGGGCUACCCGGGCGACGACUACUGCUCGGGCUCGGUGAUGUCGGAGCGGGUGUCGGGCCUGGCCAACAGCAUCUACCGCGAGUUCGAGCGCCUCAUCCGCUGCUACGACGAGGAGGUGGUCAAGGAGCUGAUGCCGCUGGUGGUGACGGUGCUGGAGAACCUCGACUCGGUGCUGACCGACAACCAGGAGCACGAGGUGGAGCUGGAGCUCCUGCGCGAGGACAACGAGCAGCUGCUCACGCAGUACGAGCGGGAGAAGGCGCUGCGCAAGCAGGCCGAGGAGAAGUUCAUUGAAUUUGAAGAUGCACUGGAGCAGGAGAAGAAGGAAUUGCAGAUACAGGUUGAGCACCUUGAAUUUCAAACACGGCAGCUGGAGUUAAAGGCCAAAAACUACGCAGACCAGAUUUCCAGGUUGGAAGAGCGUGAAUCAGAAAUGAAGAAAGAGUACAAUGCUCUUCACCAGCGUCACACAGAGAUGAUCCAGACCUAUGUGGAACACAUUGAGCGAUCCAAGAUGCAGCAAGUUGCUGGAAAUAGUCAGAAUGAGAGUGGACUACCUGGAAGGAGUCACCGCCAGUCAUGGAGGAAAAGCAUGAAGAGGCGUCCCAAUUCUCUGAACAUCCCCCUCACAGAUGACAUGGUACGUGGGCAGGUGGGCGCCAAGAUGGCCCCCGCAGUGGACCACUGGCAUCUGAGUGACCUCGGCCAGCUGCAGUCCAACUCCGGCUACAAGUGCCCGCCUGAUGAAAUGUCUGAGUCUGGACAGUCCUCGGCAGCUGCUACGCCCAGCACCACCGGAACAAAAUCCAACACACCCACCUCGUCCGUGCCCUCUGCUGCUGUCACCCCCCUGAAUGAGAGCCUUCAGCCCAUGAAUGACUACAUCACGUCAAAGAACAACAAGCGGUCGCGGGAGAAACGGAAUAGUAGAAAUAUGGAAGUCCAGGUCGCCCAAGAGACGAGGAAUGUGAGCAUAGGGAUGGGGAGCAGCGAUGAGGGGUCAGAUUUUCAAGACAUUGAUUCUACUCCAGAGCUGGAUAUGUGCCAGGAUCCCAGACUGGAACGCACAGGAAACAGCCCUACUCAGGGGAUCGUGAACAAAGCCUUCGGCAUCAACACCGACUCGCUGUACACUGAACUUACUGAAGUUGGCUCGGAAGCCAUUGGCGAUGUGGAUGAAGGAGCGGACCUCCUAGGGGAGUUUUCAGUGCGGGAUGAUUUCUUUGGGAUGGGCAAAGAAGUGGGGAACCUGUUGAUGGAGAACACACAGCUACUGGAAACAAAAAAUGCUCUGAACAUAGUGAAGAACGAUUUAAUUGCAAAGGUAGACCAGCUCACCGGGGAGCAGGAGGUGUUGAAAGGUGAGCUUGAAGCAGCAAAGCAAGCGAAAGCUAAGAUGGAAGCUAGGAUCAAGGAACUCGAAGAGGAACUGAAAAGAGUGAAAUCCGAAGUGAUCGUUGCCCGUCGAGAGCCCAAAGAAGAGGUGGAGGAUGUAAGCAGCUAUCUCUGUACAGAAUUGCCAUCCUCCUCCCCUCUGCAGGACAACAUUCCCAUAGCUCAGCGCCGGCGGUUCACCCGCGUGGAGAUGGCCCGGGUCUUGAUGGAGCGCAACCAAUACAAGGAGAGGUUGAUGGAGCUGCAGGAGGCUGUCAGGUGGACCGAGAUGAUCAGAGCCUCUCGGGAGCACCCUUCUGUCCAGGAGAAAAAGAAAUCUACUAUUUGGCAAUUCUUCAGCCGCCUGUUCAGCUCCUCCUCCAGUCCUCCACCUGCCAAAAGGAGUUACCCAUCAGUGAACAUCCAUUACAAAUCUCCCACGGCAGCUGGGUUCAGCCAGCGCCGUAGCCACACUAUGUGCCAGAUCUCUGCUGGGAGUCGCACCCUUGAGUUCUUCCCGGAUGAAUUGAGAAGUAACACUGUUGCGUCUCUCCUCAGUGACUGUACGUCAUCCGCACGUCGCGAGCAGAAGCGCGAACAGUACCGCCAAGUCCGGGAGCACGUGCGGAAUGAUGACGGUCGCUUGCAGGCCUGUGGCUGGAGCCUGCCCGCCAAAUACAAGCAGCUGAGUCCCAAUGGUGGCCAAGAGGACAACCGGAUGAAAAAUGUCCCAGUGCCUGUGUAUUGCCGCCCACUAGUGGAAAAGGACCCUACCAUGAAGUUGUGGUGUGCAGCUGGUGUCAACUUGACAGGUUGGAAGCCUGUGGAACCAGAUACUGGAAAUGGGCAGAAACCAGAUCCAGGAUGUGAUCCUCUCACUUGCGACCGAGAAGCAGAAGGAGAGAGCACCAAGAGUAACCACACAUCGCCAGAAAAGAAAAAGGCCAGAGAGUUGCACGAGAUGGAUGCCACAUCCAGCAGAGUGUGGAUCCUCACGAGCACCUUGUCUACAAGCAAAGUUGUGAUCAUAGAUGCCAACCAGCCAGGGACGGUGGUGGAUCAUUUCACCGUAUGCAAUGCUCACGUCCUUUGCAUCUCCAGCAUUCCAGCGGCCUGUGACACUGACUAUCCUCCUGGAGAAAUUUUUCUGGAAGGGGACAUAAAUCCCGAAGAGUCCUCUGAAACCGACGGCGUCUUGGCGGGCAUCACCCUGGUGGGCUGUGCGACCCGCUGCAAUGUGCCCAGCAGCAACUGCUCGUCCCGCGGAGACACUCCAGUGCUGGAUAAAGGACAGAAUGAGGUGCCUGCCGUGAGCAACAGCAAGAUCAACCAGUCCCAGUCCACCGAGGAAGCGACAGAAGCUACAGAGGUGCCAGAGAAUGGGGUACACGAAAUGGAGCCAGCCCAAGUCCGCCCGGGCCCCCUUACGGAACAUGUGUUUACAGACCCAACCCCAGUUCAAGUGCCUGUGAGGCAAAACAGUGAAAACGGGCAGCCAAAGAUGGAGUCGAGCACAGCAGCCCAGGAGCAAGAGGCAAAUGGAAACGCGGCUGGCACUACCACAAGCGCUGCCCCUACCAUGUGGCUGGGAGCACAGAAUGGCUGGUUGUAUGUGCACUCAGCAGUCUCAAACUGGAAGAAAUGUCUACACUCAAUCAAGCUGAAGGAUUCAGUGCUGAGCCUGGUGCACGUGAAAGGACGUGUUCUAGUGGCCCUGGCUGAUGGAACCCUAGCCAUAUUCCAUCGAGGAGAAGACGGUCAGUGGGACCUCAGCAAUUACCAUCUCAUGGACCUGGGUCACACGCACCAUUCUAUUCGCUGCAUGGCUGUGGUCUACGACCGAGUGUGGUGCGGCUACAAGAACAAAAUCCACGUCAUCCAGCCCAAAACGAUGCAGAUAGAGAAGUCCUUUGAUGCCCACCCUCGCCGGGAGAGCCAGAUCCGACAGCUGGCUUGGAUUGGGGACGGUGUUUGGGUUUCCAUCCGCCUGGAUUCUACGCUGAGGCUGUACCAUGCUCACACCCAUCAGCAUCUCCAGGAUGUAGACAUUGAGCCCUAUGUCAGCAAAAUGUUAGGCACCGGAAAGCUGGGUUUCUCAUUUGUGCGGAUUACAGCGUUACUCAUUGCUGGCAACCGUCUGUGGGUAGGGACAGGCAACGGGGUUGUCAUUUCCAUCCCUUUGACGGAGACUGUAGUCCUCCACCGAGGUCAGCUCCUUGGGCUCAGGGCCAAUAAGACAUCCCCAACAUCUGGAGAAGGGAACCGGCCUGGCGGGAUCAUCCACGUGUACGGCAGCGACGACAGCAAUGACAAGUCUGCCAGCAGUUUUAUCCCUUACUGCUCCAUGGCUCAAGCCCAGCUCUGCUUUCAUGGUCACCGUGAUGCGGUCAAAUUCUUUGUCUCUGUGCCUGGUAACGUUCUGGCAACACUGAACGGGAGUGUGCUAGACAGCCCCUCCGAGAACCCCAGCACGGCCACCAUCGAGGCUGAGGGCCAGAAGCUGAAGAACGUCCUGGUGCUUAGUGGUGGGGAAGGGUACAUUGACUUCCGGAUUGGAGAUGGAGAAGAUGACGAGACGGAGGAAAACGCAGGAGAAGCCACCCAAGUCAAGCCCAUCCUCUCCAAGGCUGAACGGAGCCACAUCAUUGUGUGGCAAGUUUCCUACAUCCCCGAAUGAGCUACUCUUGUCUUUUCUUUUUCUGCCAAUUAUAACUCUCUCCCCUCUGAUUCCCCCAAACUCCCGGAAUGCCAGUAUGUACAUACCAGAACUCCUGCAUUUCUCCUACUGCUGGAAAACCGAGGCCCCAGACAACCAACCGCAGCAGCUCCUGCACUGGAUAGCGGCUCCCUCCCUCAUCUAACCUCCAAACUUGCAGCUUUCAUCUUGGGCCUGCAUGCUUUCCAAAACGGCUGGGUUACUGCCAGCUUUCCAAAGGGGGAGAACCAUGGCAGUGAAGGCCCCUCCGCCCCCAAGUGAGGCAACGAGAGAUGCACAGGCAGAGUGGACUUGGCUUGGAUGAGGUUUUCAAGACGGUCCCCUCCCUCCUUCCUUCAUCUGCCCGCAUGGAAGAACUAAGAUGUUUACCGGCUCUUGCCCCUGCCCACUUCACCACCACGGAGGCAGCGCUGACGGCAUGCACUGGUCUGCAAACCAGGACUAGAGAGAUGGAUCCCAUCAUAGCAAAGCGAACAUUCCAACCUUGUCUCCUUCGCUGUCUCUCUAUGGGACCUGCUCACAGGGGAUUAUCUGGGAUAAAUUGGGAGGUUGGGAAUCCAAAAGAGCGUAUGGAUGCGUUUGGGAAGACUGUGGUAUGGAAGUCAACAGCGGGACGUCAGUGCCCAGAGACGGACCACAGGCGCAUGAUGGGCUUCCACCGCUGAAGCUGUUUAGAUCUGGGCCUGGGCACUUAAAAGCAUAAC